UUUCUACGACUCGUUAGGCGGCACACCCCUGAUAACUAAUGUGAUGGUCCAACAUGGCCGAAUGAAGUAGAUGAAGAAGCUCUCCAGUGUUUUGUUGUUGUACUUCUCGAAUUUUCUCGCUGUCUCUGAUCCUACAGCACCGACUGCAGGCUAUAAAGUUGAAGCCUGAAACCUAACGAUGUCGUCAGUGCAUUUGCAUACGGUGUCUGACCAUGCAUCCCUCCUGCUUAUGAACUUGAACUCCAUGCGUAAGAAGCACCACUUGUGUGAUGUGGUACUUCGCAUACAAGACAAGCACUUCCCUGCCCACAAGGCUGUUCUUGCCGGCUGUAGCCAGUGGUUCUAUGGCAAGUUUGUGGACCAGCUGUCUCCUAGACUCACCCUGACCAACUCUGCUCACACCAGCAUCAUCAGCCUGAAUGAGCUCACCCUAAAGGGAUUCGAACCUAUCCUAGAGUUCGCAUACACUUCUAAAAUCAGGCUCACCUCCAGUAAUGUAUUCGACAUUCUCUCAGCCGCCAGCUACCUGCAGAUGCACAAGCUGAUGGCUGACUGUACAUCCUUCAUGCGGUCUAACGUGGAGGUCAAGUUCAGAGAGCCAUCGGAAAGAAGCGGUCGAGGAUCAGAAGCAGAGGUGACGAGUAAUUUCAGCCCUCCUCACGAUGGUAGUCCUUUGCUCAAUACAUCCGAAGCACCAGGGACCCUCUCAGAAGAGAACAUGAUAGGGGAAAGAAAUGAUAAUUCAAUGGUUAGCCCGAAUGGAGACUUGAAUGUAAGUGAGGGUGAUAAAGCACAAAUCGGUGAGGAUGCUGCAUCCAGGUCCAUGUCUGGAAGCGAUAAUUCACGUCCACAUUCCAACCAAUCAUCCGCAGAGAAGCCAAGCACACUUCAGUCUCCGGGAGACAGCCCCGCCGCCCAAGAGCAGACUGUCACUGUGAAGAUGGAACAGACUGAUGAGGAUCAGCCCACAUGUGCACAAGCAGCUACAAGUCAGCGUAACUCAGUCAGCAACAGUGAGAUCAUGUCCAGCGAGUCCUCUGAGUUAGAACACCACUUUGGUGAUGGAGAAACACCCGAGAAUGAUUCACACAAAAGCAACAGAUCAGAUCCCAACUCUCUUGGCUCUGUGGUGUACCCAGUAAGUUUGCAUACUUUCGGGGGCCUCUGGCCAGACCAGUCAGAGAGAGGAGCUGCUGGGAAUGCUGGGACAGAGAACACUGCUGCACAGGACACUGGGACAGAGCCUCAUGAUGUCAUGGAUCAAAUGGCCACUCUGCAACAACAAGCAAGAAACUCUUUCCUUGAGUUUCAAGACAAGGAAGAUUCAACCUCAAGUCCUUAUUUUCCACCAGGAUUGGAGACAGGGGAGAGCAGUAACUUAAGACACCUUCUGACAAACCAAGAACCAAGUAGUAGUGGGUCUCCUAUGAUUCGAGAUCUUUUAUCGGUGCAUGCUGCGAAUGCCACAAGCAUGGUAGCAGCACCAAGUGUUGGGAGAGAUGCCUGGUUUCACAGUCCUGAAAUGGUGGCCAGUAUGGGUCUAGAGGGGGUUCUAAGCACCAUGUCCUCACCAAUGGCAAGCAGAAUGAUGGCUCCAAACCCCAACAAGACCCUACAGCCUUACAGGGAAAAGAGAGUCACAUGCAGCAUCUGUAAGAGCCAGUUUAACAUGAUCGGUCACCUGAAGCAACACCUGCUGCAGGUGCACAGCCACUGCCCCAAGCUGUACCUGUGUGACACCUGUGGAGCUCAGUUUGAUGAUGUUCUGAAGCUGAGUAAUCACAUGGUGACCCACAAAGGACGAUUCAGCUGCCAGUUCUGUGGAAAACGCUGCAGCCAGCUCAGCAGUCUAUAUGCUCAUGAGAGAACCCACACAGGCGAGCGUCCGUACCACUGUCAGAGCUGCGGCAAGAGUUUCCGCAACAAGUCCCACCUCAACAGACACAGACUGAUUCACACAGGAGUGAAGAGUUAUCAGUGUAACUUGUGCAUGAAGAAGUUUACUCGACGGGAGGGCCUGAAGCUCCACAUGCCCAAACAUGCGGAGGAUCACCCUUACCUGUGCCACAUCUGUCUCAAGGCCUUCUCACAACAGGACCAGUUCACCAGGCACAAGGCACAGCACAACACCAGGGGGCUCAGGACACAUGUGGACAUGUAGCCACAGGACUUAUAGUAACAGUUAUGCAUGUUUGUGAUACCAAUGAUACCAAGCAUUUCCUGAUUACCUUCUUAUCAGUUAUUAACAUAUUUCAAUGAGCAUAGAAGUUUUUGCAAAAUAUACACCCUUCUGAUGGAAGGGUGUAUAUUUUGCAAAUUUUGCCAAUCAUACUUCCAGUUCUUGAUUAAUUUCUACAGGGAAUCAAAUCAAAUUACUUUGAUGAUGUCACAGUUAACAUGGCAGUUUCAGAGCUGUCACCACAGCUUGCAAGAAAACAAAACAUUAUUAUAGAUUUCAACUGUCAAUCAUGAUGAUUAUGCAUGGAUUGCUUUCUGUCGUAUGCUGGUGUCAUUGGUUUCAUAAUCACUUUAAACUGUAUCUGUAAACUGUAACUGUACUGAUCUAAUUAGGGGUGGGUACCGGUCCAGCUCAUUCAAGUCUGGCUCAGUUCCAGGUCCAGAGGAUCAAGUCCAGACCUGAAUCUGAUCUUUGUAUAUCAUUUGCCAAAAUAAAAGCUACACCAUGUAACUUAAGACAAGUGACAGUUGUAUAUUGUUGCACAGCAAGCGACCUGAAAUGGGGACAGCCCUAAGGGGGAAUUAGAACUUUUGGGUUUCAGAGCAUAAUAAGUAUGUCAGGACAUGGGUAUGUCGGAGCAUAGAGGUGUAAUGAAUUGCAAUGUUUGUGAAGGACAGUGUGCACUGAUUCACACGUAUGUUGUAUUCAUGGAUAUAGGAGUAAGUCUACUGUGAUUGUCACAGUUUUCAUUUCACAUAAACUACCAUUUGGAUCAGUAUUCUUUGGUCCAAUGUUCCACUUUGUUUAUAAAAUAGAUAUCAUCUCAAUUCAAUGUAUAUUAUACAUGCAGUAUACAAUAUAAUUAUACAUAUAAUGUAUACAAUACUUGGAAUGAAGCGUAAGUAAGCUUUGUGAAACAGGCAUAAUGAUAAGAGAGUAACAAAUUGUAUUUUUAUCAUUAAUAUACAAGAAAUAGGAAAAUGAAAAAAAAAGAUCAUUGUUAUUUAUUACCUUCAAGUUUAACACAUUAUGGACAGGAUGUAUUUGGACUAUCUGACUUUUUGCUUAUUACAGUAUCAUGAGCACAUUUUCAAGACAGUUUCUAAUGUGCUAUUUUUGGCAAACAUACAUGAAAUUCUUGUUAAUAUAGGAUUACAUGUCAAUGUAAUUUGCAUACUUUUAAGGUUUAAUCAUAAACUGGUACCUCCUACUUUCACAUAUACCUCCACAAAUAUAUGAGUCCAUUUAUACUACUCACCUGCACUUGAUACCAAGUUAAUAAAGGUACGUCAUACCUCUGUCAUA